AUGUUUCAAGUUCCUGUGGAAAAUCUGGACUACGUCAGAACUAUGCGGCCAUGGGUGAAGAGCAUUCUUCUGAAGGUUGGACUUGACAACUGCAAAGACCUGUCGAGGGAUCUUGAAGGCUUUGGUCCAGGAGACAGGUACUUUUAUAAUACAUCUUGGCCAGAUGUUGCUCCAAGGGGACAUUUGACAAAGAAAAUGAGAUACCGGCCCAAGCCAUAUUGCUGCAGCCUUUGCACAUACUCAGCAGAUGUGCUUGCUUCUCUCAAAAACCAUUUGCAUCGUUGCCAUGAAGAUGAGGCAGACCAAGAGCUGCAGAUUCAGUGUCCAGAUUGUUCAUUUGCUUCACAGCCUAAUGUGGUGAGCACGCACUUCUGGUUAUUCCAUGAACCAGCUGGGAAAGUUCACAGCCCCAAGGAGAAAGUUCCAGGCAAUGGGAAGUCAUUGAAGGGUUAUAUAAAGCAUUUUACAUGUUUAAAAUGUAACUUUUCCAAUACUUCCUUCUGUAGCAUGAAGAAGCAUGUGCUGAUCACCCAUUUUCACUCCUUACUUAAUGCCUACAUUGGCUUUCAACCUAAGGAAGAACAGCAGCACCCAAAAGCCAGUGAUACUCUUUCUGUGACAAAUACUCUACCACCUGAAAGAUACUAUUGUAAAAAGUGUAGUGCCAGUAUGUGCAGCCAGGAUGAUCUGAUGUCCCAUAUUUUGACAUCAGAUGUUCAUAAGGAUUUGGAGAAUAAGUUGAGGUCUGUGAUUUCAGAACACAACAAGAGGACUGGGUUUCUGAAGCAAAUGCCCAUUGCUCCAAAGUCACAGGCAGGCUUGUCCAGGCCACCAAACAGCAGUGCUCCACAUACAGCUGCUCCAGCAAAGCCACCUUGGACCCACCUUGCCUUGUCACAGAAUACUCCAAGUCCAGCCAUGGUGCAGCCAGUGACCUUGGCCCAACCUGUCCCAGGUCCUUCUUGGAGCCGUACCCAUUCUCCAUCUGCUGCUUUCCAAUCCGACAUGGCUUUUGUCUCCAGCCCUCUACCAGUGGGCCAGAUCAGCCUCACAAGGAAGCCUUCAGCUCCCUCAACUGUCUUUUUAUCAGGCAGGGCUUCAUCUAAUAAGCCUGUAGACACUCCUGCUCUACCCAUGAGUCAGCCACUUGGGCCUGUGAAUAAGUCUGUUGGAAUAAGCAAUGUUCCAAUGAGUCAAGCUAUCCAACUUGAGAUUUUACCCCUGACACAGCCAGUGGAGCCCACAAGCAGACUGAUCAGGCCUGGUACCCUAUCUUCUGGUCUUUCUCUCAGUCCUGGGGUUCUGCAGACCACAUCACCAGGAACAAUUUCUGUGGGCCAGGUGGUCUCAUUGGCAGUCCUUCCUGAAGGUCAGAAAACCCCUGCUUCUGUGAGUCCUGCACGGACAGCAGCUUCUGGGGCCCUUCCCACUGGUCAAGCAGUCCAGUCCAGGGUUCUCCAUGUAGGCCAGACAGUCACAUCACAGGCUCUCCCCUCUUGUCAGACAGUAUCCUUUAGGGUUCUCCCUGCAGAUCAAGUGGUAUCUGGGUUGCCAUCCCCCAAACAGCUGGUGAUCUCAGAUGUCCCUGUGAACGAGGGUGUGAGCUCUGGUAUUCCUCUCCUUAGUCAGCCUGUUACAUCAGGAGUUCUUCCUGCAGGUCCACCAGUUAGACCCAGUGUGCUUCAGCUCAAUCAGUCUGUUGGCACUGGCAUCCUGCAGGUGAACCAGUCAGUGAGAGCUGAAACUUCACAGAACAACAUGUUCUUCAAGUCAGGCUCUGUUUUCAGGAAGCUCCUUCCGACAGGGACACAGGUUAAUGGGAGAACCCUUUACAUGCUGGAUCCAGUGCCUGUCACUCUACCUAUUUCUCAGAGUGCUGGCCUUGUGACUGUCACUCCAUCCCAGGUGCCCAACCAAUUUCUGUCUCCUAGUGUGGGUCCGCAGAUGUCUAAUGCUCUACCCAGCUUGUCCUCCUCACGAGGGCUGGUAGACACUGCAGACCAGGGCAUAUUUGUUCAGAUCUCUUCACCUGAGGUGGAUAUGAAUGUGGUUGUCAGACAGGGCAAGCAGUGGAAAAUCUGCCCAAUUUGCAAUGUAUUCUUCCCAUCCAAUGUCUACCAGGCUCACAUGGAAGUGGCUCACAAACAAAGCGAGUCCAACUCCAGUGAGAAACUUGAACCAGUAAAGCUGGCAGUGUGUGCACCAUUUCUUAAGUGGACAAGGGAGAAGGCCAUGCGUUGCCUCUCCUGCAAAUGCCUAGUCUCAGAGGAGGAGCUAAUGUACCACUUAUUCACACAUGGCUUGGGGUGCCUGUAUUGCUCAUGCACUUUCCACAACAUGCAGGGUCUCUUGGAGCAUAGCAGAAUUAAACACCUUAGGAAGAAGAAGCUGUCUUUGGGUUAUAGUAACAGGGGCUCCCAGUUGAUCCUAGAUGCUAAUGGUGACCUGUUAUUCCCCUAUCUUGAUUUCAUCAUCACUCUGCCAAGAGAGAUGAUUGGAGAACAGGAAGUCUUCCUGGCUAUCCUCUCAGGGAUAUACUCUACAUCAUUAGUUCCCUUAUAUGUUAAGGUGAGGCCUCAGAUUAAGGUUGUACCUAAGUGUCUCAGCGAACAAGAGCUGACCUGUCCUCUCUGUUUGAGCACAUUCAUGAUAGCCGAUACCUAUAUGUUACAUUUGAAGGACAGACACCAUAUUAUGCCAAUGCCCCAUACAGUGCUCAGUUCUCCUGCCUUCAAGUGUGCCCACUGUUGUGGGGUCUACCCUGGAAGCUUGACUAUGGCAGCCAUUACUCGUCAUUUGCUGCACUGUGAACAUGCUCCCCAAAACAACAGCUCAGACCUGCAAGUUGGGUUGAGUUUUGUUGAGACUAGUCAACUGCAGUUCAUCAAUGGGGAAAGGAUUCCUGAUUCUACCUGUCCUUUAAAGAGAAAGCAGCAAGAUGGUACUUUGGGGGCAGAAGACCAGAAGAAAGAUGAGAAAGUUCCCUUGCUUGUACUAAAGGGUGAUUCAGCAUCAGGUCCAGAGGAAGGGACUAGUGCUAUGCCUUUGAAGAGACAGAGGGAUGAAAGUACAACCAAUGGACUGGUAGCCAAUGAUGAUUUACUCCAGAUCCUGGCAUUAGAUCCUAAAAAAUACAAAGACUACUCCUAUGAGAAGAAGAAGCAGUUUCUUAGAGAGUAUUUCCAUAAGAAACCAUAUCCUAGCAGAAAAGAAGUAGAACUGCUGUCUUUAUUCUUGAAGAUGGAAAGAAUUAAUGUGGCUUUGUUUUUUGGAACAAGAAGAUACACUUGCUUGAAAGCAAUAGAAGUCCACAGACCCUCGGUACUUCUAGGCUUUGAUAUGUCCGAACUUAAAAAUGUUAAACACAGACUGAACUUUGAGUGUGAACCAAAAAGCUCAGCUUAA